GCGUGGCGGCGGGAGGAGGAGCCCGGAGCGCGGCCGAAGGACACCCCGUCCUCCAAAUGCUGCCACUUGACUAAGCCGGCCGCUGGCGAGAAGGCGGCGCCGCUGCCCUUGCAGCUGGACCGCACUCCGCUUUGGCCCGGGCCUCAGCUCGUCGCCCGCCCAGACGCCGACCCACCGCGGGGCAGCGCCAGCCCGGGAGCUGCAGGAGCGCCGGAUGCCUGCUCGGUCCCCGCCGCCGUCCAGACGCCCGAGGGGCGCGCAGCUGCCCGCCGACGUGUCGAAUAAACACUACAUGUGAAGAUUGGUGAAAGGGAACAUUGAUUUCUGAAGUAGCCUGGAGAGGAAAAGCACUGCUCAAUAUCAAGUGGACAAAUGCUUGGUGUUUUCCAAAGAUGCUGUUGAAGUAGUCUUUGCUACUGCUUUCCUUCACUCAGUCAAAGCUCUUCAUAACAUGGGCUGCAUGAAAUCAAAGCAAACUUUCCCAUUUCCCACCACACUCGAGAGUGAGAAGAGGCAUGAGAGUGAAGAAAACUUUAUGCCUGAAGAGAGAUUUCAACUCAGGAUGCCUUCUCUAGUUAAUGUCAAAGAGGAAGUGAAGGAACCCCUAGGGCCUGAAAUUGUGGUCUUUGAAUUUGCACACCGCCUGUCCCAGGAAAUCUUGAGUGAUGCCUUGCAGCAGUGGGCUGGCAACCACCUCAAGUACUAUGACAUCCCAUAUAUUGAGAGUGAGGGGCCUUGACGCUGUGUGUAGGAUGAUGACACUUUCUCAAACUGUGGAUAAAGUUGGUGCUAGUUUAAAUACAUGAAACAAUAGCAAAAACUGGUGUGAAUAAAUACAAAUAACUCCAUCUGGGUGUAAAGAAAAAUAUUUCGAUAGCCAUCAAGAGUCUA